AUGGAUGUCUCAACGCCGAAAUGGUUCAAGAGCCACCACCCCCCACAAGACAGGGGGGAAGCAAGGGGCUUCUCCCCGCCGUGGCACGAGAAGGAUGCUGUGUACGUAGGCACCCGCCAAAUCCCCAUGGUCAGGCCACAUCAACACGAGACAAUCGCCAGAUCUGCGGCUCAGGAGAAUCAGUCCGUCGUCAUGGACACGCAGCCGGGCGAGAGUUGCGCAGUGUCACGCCUCGGCGCCGCCCUCGUCCAUUCCUGGAUGGAGCUACACGGCAUUGGGCAUCAAGCAGCGUCGAAAACAACCUUUGCGACGCCACCGUUUGUGCCCUUCGAUCCGGUCGGACAGGGACCCUUACACAGGGACUGCCGUGCGCUGCGGGCGCUGGCGUGCUGCAGGCUGCAAGACCGCAGCUCUCUGCUCAGGCGCGGCCUCGUUGCGCGUUCAAGGUGGUCUGAUGCGCUGCUCGCCAUUGGAAAUAAAAGACACCGCGCAAAGGGAUACGACCACGCCGUGCCGCGCAGCUUUGCCCAGGAACAGCUUGGCGGUCGUCACCAGCCGCCGAACCCACAUGCCACACAGCCCGCCCGGGCUCUCAGACGUGAAGGGCCCCAUAGCGGGCGGCUGCGCUAUGGGCGGAUCUGCUCCGCAAAUCUCCCCGGAGCGGGAAGCAAGGGCCAGGUGAGACACCAGCAGGCAGCUAGGCAUUUCCGCGCGAGGCCGGGUCAAAGGUUCUGGUUCGUCGGCUGA